CAAAAGUAUCUGGACACAAAAGUUUGUUUAAUUAGUUAUUACCGUAAUUCCACUAUCUAUCUAAAUACUCAAAUUUACUGAUCAGACCUCUUCGUCUUCGGACACCAAACAAUGAUUCGUUUCAUUCUGUUGCUGGCCGCUGCGGGCCUGGCAGUGGCCUUCAAGAACCCCCACUAUGUAUCUGGCCGGACUACUAUGGUUCAUCUCUUUGAAUGGAAAUGGAACGACAUUGCUGCUGAGUGCGAAAGGUUCCUUGGGCCUAGAGGAUUCGCUGGUGUUCAGAUAUCACCUCCCAAUGAGAAUUUAGUGAUAAGGUCUAGGAACCGGCCAUGGUGGGAGAGAUACCAGCCAAUGUCUUACAGAUUGGUAACACGUUCAGGAAAUGAACAGCAAUUCGCAAAUAUGGUACGUCGGUGCAAUAACGUCGGUGUAAGGAUAUAUGUGGAUGCAAUUAUUAACCAUAUGACUGGUACUUGGAACGAGAAUGUGGGCACCGGAGGAAGUAAUGCUAACUUCGGAAACUGGCACUACCCUGCCGUACCCUACGGACGAAAUGACUUCAAUUCCCCUCAAUGUGUGAUCUCUGGCAACGACUAUCGCUGCUGCCCAGAUAGGGUAAGAAAUUGUGAACUAUCAGGAUUAAAGGAUUUGAAUCAAGGAUCUUCUCAUGUUCGUAACAUGAUUGUAAAUUACAUGAACCAUCUUAUUAACCUCGGAGUAGCAGGAUUCAGGAUUGAUGCAGCUAAGCACAUGUGGCCCGCAGAUCUUCGCGCUAUCUACAACAGGCUGAACAAUCUAAAUAGGAACCAUGGUUUCCCAUCUGGUGCCCGUCCUUACAUCUACCAAGAAGUUAUUGAUCUUGGUGGCGAAGCUAUUAGUCGGAAUGAGUACACGCCUCUUGCUGCAGUCACUGAGUUUAGAUUCGGAAUGGAAUUGAGCAGAGCAUUCCAAGGUGGAAAUCAAUUGAGAUGGUUACAUAAUUGGGGACCUAACUGGGGUCUUCUUGCGAGUGGUGACGCUUUGACAUUUAUCGAUAACCAUGACAAUCAGAGAGGUCACGGCGCUGGUGGCAAUAUUCUUACAUACAAAAGUGCUAAACGAUACAAGGGAGCGAUUGCCUUUAUGUUGGCUCACCCUUACGGCAAACCUCAGUUGAUGAGCAGCUUCGAUUUCCGAGACACUGAGGCUGGACCUCCGCAGGACCGUAACGGCAAUAUUAUUUCUCCUUCUAUUAAUUCUGAUGGUUCGUGCGGUAACGGAUGGAUCUGCGAACAUCGUUGGCGUCAAAUCUACCAGAUGGUUGCGUUCAGGAAUGUUGCCGGGAACAACGCUGUAAGAAAUUGGUGGGACAACGGCAGCAAUCAAAUAGCCUUCUGUCGUGGUCAGCAAGCAUUCGUCGCUUUUAACAACGAUAAUAGGGAUCUAAACCAAGACUUAAACACAUGUCUACCAGCUGGCAAUUACUGUGACGUCAUAUCUGGUGUGAAGAGCGGAAACAGAUGUACCGGCAAGACUAUCACUGUCAACAGCAAUGGCCGUGCUCGUAUCACGAUACGCGCUAAUGAAUACGAUAUGAUUCUUGCCAUUCAUCGUGGCAACGAGUCGAGACUUUAAUGACGAAGGACUAUUCAACAGAAAUCUUCAGGUUGGCAGGCUGAAGGUUGUUUUUGCCAAUAAAAUGUCCUAAC